AUGAGUGCGGGAGUGGCUCAAACGUGGAGUGAAUUUUUGAUACAAGUACAAGAUGUGAAGCCGUUAUGGUCUGCCCAACCCACGUACAUCAUUGUACAGAGUUUUUUCUUAUUUGCCGGAAUACUAACUCUGUUACAUGCUUUUAUGAAAGGAGGUCGCUGGCCGUACUUCUGGCUGGGCACGGUUCUCCAUGGCAUUUACGCUGAUAAUUUCUGGCAUUUCAUCCUCCCCGAAUUCGAUAAUUUCUGGCAUUCACAAACGCCCCUUAUGUUCUUGGGUGGUCGACAACCUUUGCAUAUAAUUUUACUUUAUCCGGUCUUCAUCUACAAUGCCGCGUACGCCGUCAGUAAGAUCAAUCUUCCAAAGUACGCUCAGCCAUUUGCUGUGGGACUUCUCACUGUUCUUAUCGAUCUGCCCUAUGAUAUAGUAUCGGUGAAAUAUGUUCAUUGGACCUGGCAUGACACCGACCCAAACAUUUUCGACCGUCACUACUGGGUACCCUGGAACUCGUACUAUUUCCACGCCACCUUCGCUGCUAGCUUCUAUUUCUUCUUCCACUUCAUCAGAGAUUGGUGCGCACCGAAAGUUGCAAGAUGGUCAUCGGCUUCAAAAGCUGUUGAAUGGAAAUCUCUCCUGAUAGCCAUUCUGAUCGGCAUGCCUGGAGGCAUCUUAAUGUUUGUGCCGAUAUACCAUCCCUUACAUGAUACUUAUAAAAUUCACUCAGAAGUUACUUUCUUCCUUCUAUUUUCGAUUUUCUUUGUAAUUAUUCUGUCAGGGCUAUUAAGCGAGCGUGAGAAAAUCAAGGAAAAGCUCAGCAGCAUCGAUUACCUGCUAUUAUUGCAGCUGUUCAUUCAUUAUGCGAUGUAUUUAACCAUCGUGAUAUUCUUCAACCCUGAGGAUGAAAGAUCUCUGGGGCUACACGAACCUGUCGGACCCUGCACUGAACAAACUUCUUUGGUCACGCCUUUUGGACAGCGCCUGUUUAAGAGGAAAUAUUUCUGCCCUGAUGAUUACGACGAGAAAUAUUUUGAUUUCCACUGCGCACAGAAACCAAAGAAUGGAGACACGUGGUACCUCAUUUGUGGAACGCCAUUUGAGUGA